CCCACCGCCCCCGGCCCCGCCCCCGGCGGGAAUCCCCCUCGCCCGCCGCGGCGCUGCCCCGCCCCCUCCCGCCGCUCCGGGGCCGUCGGCGGGGGCGGCUGCGCCAGGGGAUGGGGGCCGGGUCCCGGCGGGCGCUGUCCGGCCGUGGCGUGAGUUAGUGGAUGGCUGAAAGUUGGCUUGACCAUUGGAAUUGCUGAAAUGUUCUGCUGCUUAAGAGCCGUGAGAAGGUUAUGUCUGGAGAAGAUACUGCUACAGUGCAUUCUUCAGUCAAGAACUUUAUCAGGAGCUGAUGCCAUCAAUGCUCUCAGACCUUUCUAUUUUGCUGUGCAUCCAGAUUUCUUUGGCCAGCAUCCCAAAGAGAGGGAAGUGAAUGAAAACUCUCUGAAGAGGUUAAAUGGCUACUUGGAGAACCUACAGAAACCAGGAUUUCGCUCCUUUAAGCCAACUCAGCUUACGUUUUAUGUAAGAGAAAGAGAACCAAACUCUUCUAAUGUUCAAGAAUCCUUCAGUGCUUCAGGAUUUCGAGCAGUCAGUUUUACAUUACAUACUAGGGAUCUCCUGAGCACAGUAUUAGAUAUUCUCAACUCCUGCAGUUUAUCUACGGAGCAUAUUCAAAGUUUGAAUGUGAACUCUCAGCCCCACAAGGAAUCAAAAAGCACAGUGAACAGACCUAUCAAAUGGGAUAAGACUUACUAUUCAUUUACUGGAUUCAAGGAUCCUGAGGAGGAACUAGAACAAGCCCAGAGAGUGGAAACAACUUUAAUAUCCUGGCUAGAUGAUAAUGAAGCAAGUGCGGUAAAAAAACUGAAAAAGAGUUUGCCACUUAGAAAAGAACUAGAACGUUUAAAAUUUGAGCUCUCUCAUCAACUCCAGCUCUCAGAUAUCAGGUGGCAGAGAAGCUGGGGUAUUGCUCACCGCUGUAGCCAACUACACAGUCUAGGUCGAUUAGUCCAACAGAGACCUGAAGUAUUAAAGAAUGUUAAAGGGCGCACGGUGGUAUUUACAGACCGUUCAGGUAUGAGUGCAGCAGGCCACGUAAUGCUGGGAACCAUGGAUGUUCACCAUCACUGGACCAAAAUUUUUGAGAGAUUGCCAAAUUAUUAUAAACUUCAGAAAAGGCUGCUCUUCUUGGAAGACCGGAUAAGCCAACUUCUGGGAGGCAUACAAGUAAUAUAUAUUGAAGAACUGCAACCCCUAUUGACUCUAGAAGAGUACUACGAGACUCUAGAUUCUUUCUAUAAUAAAUUACGUGACAGUAGACUACCUUUUCAUCCUCGCAGUCUGCGAGGCUUGCAGAUGGUUCUGGAGAGUGACAGGUAUGCACCAAGCUUACAUGAAUUUGGACACUUUAUGAUCCCAACGGUCUGUGAUCCAGCAACCCUUCAAUGGUUUUUUUUUGCCAAAGCACAGGAGGCAAGGCAUAAUCUGAAAAGAAAGGAGGAGAUGAUGAUUACAGAAAAAGAGCUGAUCGAUACUUCCACUGAAAAAUUUUCAUUGGAUCGGCUGUAUAAGGAACCCAGUGUUUCCAGUGCACAGAUGAUAGAUUGUUGUAAGCGACUGCUGGAAGAAUCAUUGCCGUACCUACAAGGCAUGCACCUUUGCAUAUCGCAUUUCUACUCUGUGCUGCAGGAUGGAGACCUGUGUAUACCUUGGAACUGGAAAAACUGAGGACAUAUCUGAUAAUCAGAUGAAUUGUUUAUUUUCUGUAAGAGGCUAUAAAUAUGGUUGGUUUUAAGAGUAAAUUAUUUAAAUCUGUAUUUUGAUAUCAGUAUUCAACCCACAAAUUUUCUUAUAACUGCUGCUCAAGAAGUUUGGAGUCCUAGACAAUUUGCACAGUACACAGUAUUGCUAGUUCUGGGAAAGACAUCUGUACAUUCUCCAUACUACUGUAGGAGUCCUGGUGUAUUGUGAAACCACAUUUUUGUAGCGAAUUAUGAAAAUACAUUAAAUUGCAAGUCUGAAAAAAUGGGCAUGUGUAUUUUUAAUAAUCUAUUCGGUGAUAUUAAUGUAUAUCAUAAAUAGUGAGUGCACUACUCAGACCAGGCAUUACAUGUUAUCUUACGGGAUUUACUGAAUGCAGAAGUUGAGUACCUAAGUUGUCAGGUGGCAGUAUUUCAUAUUGCUACCUAUUACUGAAUUAAAAAAAAAGACAAGGGGAAAAAACAUCAGAGUAUUUCUACUGUGUAGGAGAAAGCAGUGCAUUAACUUGGCCUCAAGAGUAGAGUUUCAUGUGCUGGCCCAGUAUUGUUGCCUUAGAAUUUUGAAAUACGCCAAUUGUACUGUCUGCAGUUUCUUUAAAGGAGAUGUCAUUCUCUUCUUGUUUUCCGGCAUUUGCUCAAUAAAUACAGACAAUCCUCUUUACUUAUGUUAUAACAGAUUGCAAAUCCCAUUCACAACACUUAUAAGCUGAGUAGUUUAAUGUGACAUCUAAGGAAAGGAAGCAUUGGUUUAUGUGGGAUUGUCUGCAAGAAUAAGCACUUCCCGGUGAGGGCAAGGAGUUUGCAGUAAGGCAAAUGUGCAUGGAUUUUUACUGGUAUGUUAUUCCUUGAAAAAAAAUGAAAUAAAGUGUGAAUGUAUAUCAACACUUUCCUUGUAA